GGGCGGGGGAGCCUGCUCAUCAGCACCCCAGCAGAAAGGGUCAAACUCUAGGAACCGGUAAUGGUUGUACCCAAUGUGCAGCAGUACCGGGACCAGAGUGAAUAGGGUGUGUAUGGGGAGCAUGAGUGGGUGUCAUUUUUGUAAGUCUUUGGUUGUAUGUGCAUGUGUGAGCAUGAGAGAGGGAGUGUGUGACUGUGUUUAUGUAUGACUGUAUAUGUCAGGUGGGGCUUUUGACUCCUCCCUUCUCCUGGGACUUCUUUUGAUGAUAUAGAUCUUCGUCUCCCCUCUCCCUGCCACACCUGGUGUGGAGUGCAGUGUCUUGGUCUGCCAGGGUCGUGGCUCCCGGGUCAGGGAGUUUUAAGAUUUUUGGCGUCUGCCUGACCAAUCCUGGUGGCUGCCUGGUGGGGUCUGGGUCCCUGGGCUCUGCUGGGUCCCUGGCGGGAGUGGUUGCCCCUGGGUCCCGGGCUCGGCCAGCUAGGGGGUGGGAGGCUGCGGGCGGGCCUGUGGGCUUGCCGCUGAUAUCUCCCGGGACUCUGCCGGCUGCUGGUUGUGGCUCCCUGGGGCGGUCCUCUGCGCCUCUCGAGGGGGGCGGGGGCUUUUCUGGUCGCAGUCUCCCUAGGUUUCCUGUGCUCUGGGGCAGCUCCUUAUAUAUUUCUUCAUCAAGUUGACGCAGCGAUAGCAUGAUCUUGUAUUGUUGUUGUGUCCCAUUUUUUUUUGUUUGUUUUUUGUUUUGGUUAUUUGUUUUUUCUCUUUCUGCAGGUCUAGAAGCAGACUUGUUCAUUAUUGUUUAUUUUCGUGGACCCCCCCCUUGUUUUUGUCUCUCCCUUUCUCUUUCACCUCUGUCUCCGUGUCUGGUCGGAAUUAAAAAGCAUUCAAAAACAAUAACAAUAAAGUUUUAAGUAUCAGGCGUGACAUUAAAAGCAGACGCUUUGAUGCUCCACCUGAGAGUUAAUCUGUAAGGCUUGACACCAGCAUUCAGACAUCAAUUCUGUUUGCUUCACAGCCAGACAGGACAAGGGGGAAUACAUGAUUCUGUUGAAGUAUAUCAUAAUUCAGUUUAUCCAGUUGUCGAUAGGUGUCUCACUUUUAUGUACACUGUCCAUUCUAAGUAUUUUACUUUGUAUUUUAUGGAUUUAGCGUAUUUGAUCAUAUCUGAUGCAUUUUAUCUUAUUUUAUACUGGACCAGUCUAUCUGUUAAAUAAAGUCUACUACUGCUACCACUCAUAGCACAAGAUCAAGAUCUGGAUGAUGUAAAAUGUGGCAUUCAAUGACCAUAAGAAAGUUACGUUUUUUACGGUGCUCUGUGAGACAACAUAGUCCUGGGAAUUAAGUGGUUGGGGGGAAUCCCGCCGUGUUGUCCAGCUUUGGGUGUUCAGUAAUGGUAAUUUGCAUUUGGUGAUUGUGUUCUUUUGCUUCCAUUCUGCUUAAAAAGCAGCUCUUAUAAUUUUACUGCUGCCGGUUGUUUUGGACGUCUGCUGAUGUCAUUUCCCACUGAGUUACAACCAAUAAUCGUGAGUUAACCAAAGGUUUGGCUCAGCAACUCCACCAGGCCGUUUCGAGUACCCCUGAUCAAGUACUCUGAAAGUUCCUGAAAACGGCUGUUCGGCCGGCCCAGUCAAGUGGACACACGGACAUGUUUGGAAGUUCCUGUAAAAUUACCCUGAAGUUCUGACAGUAGAAACUCACCUGUUCUGAGGUUUAGAAGGAACUUGGUUAGGUACUGCAGUCCAUGUAUGUAUUACUAAAACUGCAUAUCCCAGUGUGCACUGGGAUGGGCAUGUCUGUAACAAGCCCCUCCCUUCAGCUUCAGCUCCCAGGCUCCGGCUAUUGGGAAGGAAACAUCAACCAGGUGAGAGUCUGCUGCACAUUUUUACCAAAACAGAACAAACGUGGUGCUGAGUUCAUGAAGCAGUGAACCAACACUGACGUGGGGACAGUUAAGAUGGAACUUCUCAGUUAUUAUGUGAAAGCAGAUGAGGAAGAAGUUGAGGGAACUCUAAAGUAUGACUGUGAGCUGCAGUUUUUCAGCUCCUGUGCCACAUAAAAACAGCUGAGACGAUCCCCGAGGUUACCAGAGCAGAAUCAUGUGAGUCACCAUCUCUGUGAAGAUGAUCAGGUGUAAUGUUGCUGAUUCAGCAUCGAUUCAGUUCGAACAGUGUUCACAACUUGUUAUCAAUGAUCAGACACGUUAUCAGGUGUGUGGUUUGAACUUCUAUCAUUUUAUAUUGAUCUAGGUUUUUUCUGUAUUUGAGGGAGAAUAAAUAUGUGCAUUGAGAUUUUUACUUUAAACUGUUUUAAAUGCUGACCUGUGGUAAAAUAUUUGUAUUAUCAAUAACAGGUAACAAAUGUUAAAAGAGACGAAGGCAUGAGGAAUUCAUUAGUUGGUAUAUUUUAGAUUGGUAUCUUAUUUGAAUCAAAACAAUGAGUGUAAAUCAUGGGUAAUCUGACAAGAGCAGAUUACCCCCACGCUAAUGUGGUCCCUCAGGUAAAAACACCACAGCAGCAUCCUUCAAUCCUUUCAUACAAGUACUUUAAUAUCCCUUCUGUUAGGAUCAAAGGAUCAGAAGUCUCACUGUAGUAAUUUAGUUGGCCUUUGGUGCCAUCUAGUGGAGAAAAUAGAACAUUUAAGCUGAUAAUUUAUCAACAGCCUUGAGAACAAUGUUUUGGUUUUAAAGCUAUUAUUAAAUUAAUAUCAUUAUUAGAACUGAUUCCAGUAAUUAGUUUUAUCUUUUAAACAAGGUGGUGAUCAAGUAUUUCCUCCUGUGGUCAGUCAGUUUCCUGAAUCUCAACAUCAUUAGGGUGUUUAGUUACAUGAAUAUAGAAUAGUAAUAAAAUACAUCAUUUGUCUGCCUGUAAGCUUACUAAAUAAAACAUCUUUCUAGAAUAUUUGCCAGCACUUAUACAAAUUUCCACUGGAGGGCUGCAAAAUUUCAAAAAUAAACAGCGAUUAUGUAAAAGAGUGUUCUUAUAAAUGAUCUGCGGAACAUGUGGACAAAGAUGGCUGGGUUGUGUUUUGUUGUGUUGUCUAAAGGCCACGUUUGCACAGUCAGGAAAACAAACUACGGUGAAUAUUAAAUUUGAAUAAUGCAGAUCAGAGAAACCUAACAAGACAAUGAAUGUAACAAACGUACGAGAGGAACAUGAAUCCAGCUCUUAUCAUUGCCCACACAGACAAGUGUCAUUAGCUCAGUAUUGAUGAAAGGAAUGCAAAAUGAGGACAAGCCAUCUGUUGGCUUUGUUCUGUGAUCACUUUGAUGUCAAAUGCAACAGCUUAAUUUUUUCCACUGGAGUAGCCAAUAAGACACGUGCGUUCAUUUAGGCCCGCGGCUCUGCGGCUGCAUGUGCCAGGAUUCACACCCAUUCCUCUUUAGAGAAGACUUUGCUUUUAGUGAAACCCAAAGAUCUGUCCAAGAAGAAGAGAGGAGUCUUACGGUUAAGUGGUGGCAGCUUGUUAUUAGUUUGAUUCAUUUAAAGGAGUAGUUGAGUGUGUGAGUUAAUAACAUAAUUACUGCUGAGUUAAUUCCAUUAUAGCGGAACAAUCUUCACGCUGACAGGGAAAAACUUUUCUGUACGUUCGAAGCUAAACUCCUAGCUUUUAUCCAUUCUUGUAGCAAAUAAAAGUCUGAUCAUGGACUAAUAUUCCAAACAAUAGUACUCUUUCAGACAGCUCUCUGACGAAUGCUUAUACUGUUUUAUUAUUAUUAUUUUUUUUAGUUAUUGAAAUUAAAAAAAAUGUUUGUUAUUUAUUUGGUUAACAUUUGACAUGUUGUGUUUUUCUUGCUGAAUAACUUAAAAAGAAAAAAGAAGUAAAAGAUUUUUUCUAUAGCUCCUCUCUAGACAGAAACCGGGAUGCGCUUCACAAAAACCAAAAAUGUAAAAGAUUUACAAAUAUGUUUAAAAUAACAAAAAAUUAAAAUUAUGAUUAAAAAUGUAAGGAAAGGAAGAGAGAAAGUGAAUAGGAAAAAAGGAAAUCUGUGGAUCCCGGGAAAAGCGGAAUAGGUAGAAAGAGCUAAAUAAGGAGAGGGUAGUGAUGAAGGUCACGCCAAAGCCAGUCUGAACAAGUGAGUCUUCAGCUGCUUCUUAAAGGAGACCACUGAGUACACUGAUCUCAGGCUCAGGGGGAGAGAGGUCCAGAGUCUGGGGCCACAGCAGCAAAUGAUCUGUCACCUUUGGUCUUUAGCCUGGUGCUGCACAACCAGUAGGCUUUGGUCACUGGACCUCAGGGACCUGCUGGGGGUGUAGGGACUGAGAAGAUCACCAAUGUAAGAUGGUGCUUGUCCAUGUAAGGCCAUAUAGACCAGAACCAGGAUCUUGAAAUGAACCCUGAAGUUGACUGGGAGCCAGUGAAGCUGGAGGAGAAGCGGGGUGAUGUGGGUGUGUUUGGAGGACUUGGUCAGAAGCUGAGCACAGGCAUUCUGAACCACCUGUAGACGGUUCAGGGAGGUUCUGCUCAGACACGUGAAAAGAGAGUUACAGUAGUCUAAGCGUGAGGAGAUGAAGGUGUGGAGAACUGUCUCAAGUUCACAGCGGGACAGAAUGGGACUCAACUUAGCAAUGUUCCUGAGAUGGAAUAAGGAAGAGCAAACAAGAGAACUGACAUGAGAAUCCAGUGUGAGAGCUGGGUCAAAGGUCACACCAAGAUUCCUGACAGAGAGUUUGGUCUCUGACUUUGGGGACCUAACAUUACAACAUCUUAGUAUCCAGCUAUUUACAGAAGAGGGUUAGGGCACUGAAAAGAAAACAAAGAAAAGAAAGUUUUGUGACCUUUUCCCCUCAUAAUUCUGACUCUUAGAAAUUUGACCCCACCCAAAUUCUGACUUUAAUAUUCCUGAGAAAAAAAGUCAGAAUUUUCUUUAUUUCCGUGGCCCUAAUCUUCUGUAGCUAUUAAAUGCUUGUUUAGUUAGCAUCAUUUUUAGACAUUUUAGAAUGAUCUAUUGUCUAUGUAGGUGUGGAACAUCUGUCCUUUCUAUUCCCUGGUGCAGCACGUCAUCCUUUUCUUCUGGUGGCACACCUGUGUCUCUAAUCAAGCUUCAGGAGACACUAAUAAAUAAUAAUGCCACAGACUGAUCAAUACGUUGUCUGACUGGCUAAAGAAUUGCCCUGGAUUACAUUUAACAGUUUAGAGUCUAAAGCUUGAGCCGACUUUAGAUGAUUUACCACAGAAAUGUGUCAGGUGUGAGAACACAAUGAUCCAGUUUGAGUUUUGUCUGACAUCGCUUACACGCUGGAGUGUGUCCAGGAAAUGGAUCGAUUGAAGCUCAGCAGAUCUCUGUUCUGUGUUUGGAGGAUUCUCUGAUAAGGUCUCGCAGUGUUGCCAUGUGGUGACAGACUUGUUGCCUCCUAACCUAAUAUGGGGCACCCUCUGAACCUCAGCCUUCUUUCCUUUAUUCACUACCUCUUGUUUGUCUUCCGCUGCCUGUUUGCCGUAGAGAUUUCUCCCUCUCCCUCUCGCCCUCUGGCUCUCAUGCUCUCGUGCACUCAAGCUUUCUCUCACUCCUGUAAGUGUACACAGUCUGAGAGGGACUGGAGCUCUGUGGCUUCUCUUCGGUUUCUCAGCCUCUUUGUGUUACAGUUUACAGCUGUGUGCAGUACAGAAAGGAAGUCAGUUUACUCCAUCCUGCUAAAAAGCUCCUGUUGUCCUGUCCUGGAUGUGUCCCACUCUGGAGGUCUCUCUGUCCUGUCCACAUUGCUGCCAGCACCAGCUCAGCUGACUUAAAACUCAACCCUAUUUCCCAGUGUUGUCAGCCUUGUCGUCCACACCGGUUGUACUUGGCCUGUGAUCAGAAGACAUCACUGAGUUCCCUGCUGGCCGGAGCGCUACUGGAGGCUACAGUUGGAGUCGGAGUUCGCUCCGCUUUACCCUGUCCUUUACCUCCGUGUCCAAACGGCCACGCUGUCCUGAAAGAACGUCAGCUGGCCAACAGUAUGACCAGCAGCAGCUCCCUUCCUCCCAGCGUCAGUGGGAUCAGUAAGGAGCUGGCAGAGCUGCACCACCUUAUCCAGUUCCCAGAGGAGAUUGCCUGUAUCCUGACUGAGCAAGAGCAGCAGCUUUACCAGCAGGUCUUCCCUUUGGAUUACCUCUACUUCCUCACUAGAGACCUGGGCAGUCCUGAGUGUCAAACAAGACGACACCCAAAGGUCAAGGCCUCACUGUCUGUGCCCGCCAUGCCCACUCAGAAUGUUCAGCGAAGUAAUGCUGUUGAAGACCUGGUGGCACGGUUCAAUGAGGUGAGCUCCUGGGUUACAUGGCUGAUCCUGACAGCAGGGUCGAUGGAGGAGAAGAGAGAGGUUUUCUCAUAUCUCGUUCAUGUUGCCAAAUGCUGUUGGAACAUGGGAAACUACAACAGUGUGAUGGAGUUCCUGGCUGGACUGAGGUCCCGUAAGGUGCUGAAGAUGUGGCAGUUCAUGGACCAGUCAGACAUUGAGACCAUGAGAAGUCUGAAGGACGCCAUGGCUCAGCACGAGUCUUCCUCUGAGUACAAGAAGCUCGUGACCAGAGCACUCAAUAUCCCAGGAUGCAAGGUGGUGCCGUUCUGUGGGGUUUUUCUGAAAGAGCUGAGUGAUGCUUUGGAUGGCACAGCAAGCAUCAUCAGCCUCAAACAGCCUCCAGAAAACUCUGACGACUCCAUAGAGUUUGUGUCCGACUACAGCGGCCAGCACAGUUUCGUGUCCCGGUCUGGUCCAGACGGGCUGCACAUCCCAGAGAAAGAAGCUACUGUCAGUAGCAUCUUGCAGAUCAUCAGGUCUUGUAAUCGUAGUCUGGAGUCAGAGGAGGUUGAUGAAAUGUCCACCAGUCCUUCUACCUGUCCAUCCCUCGCGUUCAGAUGCAACUCCUUAAGGAACCGCUGUCGCAAUCAUUCGUAUUCAUGUAGGACACCGGCAGAAUCGAGCCAUGUUUUAUUCACCAUUGGGGACUUGUCGGACUCAGACGGCGACCUGCCGACUGAGCCGGCUGUUAAAGACGUGGAGUUUCAGGGUACUGAGGAGACGCACAUGGCUUUCAGCCAUGGCACAGAGCUCAUUCCUUGGUAUGUUUUGUCACUACAACCAGAUGUUCACCAGUUCCUGCUGCAGGGAGCUACGGUCAUUCAUUACGACCAGGACAGCCACCUCACAGCUCGGUGUCUGCUGCGGCUACAGUCUGACAACAUAACCCUCACCUGGGGUAAGCCCCAAAGCGGAGGGGCUUCCUCCUCAGAACAGCCAGUGGGACAGAAUGUAGCGCCGGGUUUGGCAGAAGGCCUGUUGGACCUCGGAGUGGUGAAGGCUGUGUUUUUGGGUCAUCGGAGCAUCGACAUCCACGCUGUGUGUUUGCAAAACAAGCUGAGUCACAUGACAGUUGAGGAGAAUGGUCUAACACUCCUCUACGGCCUCGGCACCACUGAUAACAGACUGCUGCACUUUGUGGCACCCAAUCAGACGGCACGGAUGCUUCACAAAGGCCUGUCGGCAUUGGUGAACGCAACCAGGAAGAUGAAAAUGUUUCCCGAUCAAAGGCUUCGGUGGCUGAGGAAGCAGUACGUCACCAUGUAUCAGGAGGAUGGCAGGUAUGAAGGCCCCACAUUAGCUCAGGCUAUUGAGCUGUUUGGAGGGCGAAGGUGGAACAUGGGGACCGGUGCUGCAGAGAAACAAGGCACCCAGAAAAACAGCGUCAACGACAAGUCCAAGAAGAAGAAGAAACCUCUGGUCAGGGGCGACAGUGGGGAUUGCACUGAUGAUGAGAUGGUUUCCAGGAAAACUCGGAGCUGUAAGGAAGGCUUACUUAGGAACGGUCCAGAGUCCGACAGCAUCGACCAGGAAGAUCCAGAUGACAUCUCCCCUGGACCAUUCCCUCUCUUAUCCAGCAAAGGCCCGGGGCUGCUAGCCUCUUCAUCAUCAUCCUCCUCUUCCUCCAGCAUGACUGGGUCCAACCACUCCCGUCCACAAUCAUCUCCAAUCCUUUCAGGAACCUCCAAGUCGCAGCCAGGAGCGUGGAGCAGCCGCUCGUGGCACGGCCGUGGGAAAGGCUGCUUCAGAGGCUUCCAGAACCUCAUGGUGUCCGACAGCACGAUGAGCUUCGUCGAGUUCGUCGAGCUUUUCAAGUCAUUCAGCAUCCGAAGCAGGAAGGACCUGAAGGAACUGUUUGACACCUUCGCUGUCCCCUGCAGUCGCUCGUGUCCAGAAUCAUCCCCCCUUUACACCAACCUCAGGAUAGAUGACAAGGACACGGGACUGCAGCCAGACCUCGACUUACUGACCCGUAACGGCUCUGAUCUCGGCCUGUUUAUCCGGACGAGGCAGCAAAUGUCUGACAACCAAAAGCAGAUUUCUGAUGCGAUCGCAGCGGCAAGCAUUGUGACCAACGGCACGGGGGUGGAGAACGUCUCGCUAGGCGUCUUGGGAUUGGCCAUCCCUCAGCUGAAUGACUUUUUAGUCAACUGUCAGAGAGAGCACCUGAGCUACGACGAGAUUCUCAGCGUUAUACAGAAAUUUGAGCCUUCAUCUCCAAUGAGACAAAUGGGAUGGAUGUCAUUCGAGGGUUUUGCGAGGUUCCUAAUGGACAAGGACAACUUUGCCUCCCGUAAUGAGGAAUCCCAGAUGGAUCCGGAUGAGCUGCAGUACCCUCUGUCGUACUACUACAUUGAGUCCUCACACAACACCUACUUGACUGGACACCAGCUCAAAGGAGAGUCCUCUGUUGAGCUUUAUAGUCACGUGCUGCUUCAAGGCUGCAGGAGUGUUGAGUUGGACUGCUGGGAUGGAGACGACGGCAUGCCGAUCAUUUACCACGGACACACUCUCACCACAAAGAUUCCCUUUAAGGAUGUGGUGGAAGCCAUUAACCGGUCUGCGUUUGUCAGCUCUGACAUGCCGGUUAUACUGUCCAUAGAGAACCAUUGCUCUCUCCUGCAGCAGCGAAAGAUGGCUGAAAUCUUUAAGUCGGUGUUCGGAGAGCGUCUUGUGACACGCUUUCUUUUUGAAAGCGACUUCAGCGAUGACCCUCACCUGCCUUCGCCGCUGCAGCUGCGUGGGAAGAUCCUCCUCAAGAACAAGAAGCUCAAAGCUCAUCAGGCACCAGUGGACAUCCUCAAACAGAAGGCUCACCAGUUGGCGCACAUGCAUGUCCAGGCGAGCAACGGUUCCCCAGGAGUUUCUUCACCUAGCAACCAUGCUAAUGAGGAGGAGGAGGAAGAAGAGGAUGAAUAUGACUACGACUAUGAGUCUCUGUCAGAUGCCGAUGUCCUCACAGCCUCCACUGCCUCGUAUGGCCUUGAAGACAACAUCCUGGACGACAAGCCCGAUAAGAGCCCAGCAGACAGAGAAGAGCAGCCUGCUGAUGACAUACCCAAGAGGAUGAAAAAGGCUGACGCCAUGAUCCAGAGCAAAGGAAAGGUGUUUGACAUGGAGCUGGGCGAAGCCUUUUAUCUCCCUCAGAACAAGAAGGAGAGCCGGCAGAUUGCUCAGGAGCUUUCCGAUCUCAUCAUCUACUGCCAGGCAGUGAAAUUCCCCGGUCUCUCUACGUUGUCUCCAGCUUGUUCUGGUAGAGGAAAGGACAGAGGAAAGAGCAGGAAGUCCAUAUUUGGUACAGCUCCCGCUCGCAUCACCGCCACAGGGGAGGUGAUGACUCAGAGCCGAGCUUCAGGGAAAGGUUGCUCAGAGCGACACAGCUGGGAAGAACAACAGACAUCACCUGUCCUCACCCCCCCCACGUCGCUCAGCUCCAUCAUCCGCACACCGAAGUGCUACCACAUCUCGUCUGUAAACGAGAACGCCGCCAAGCGCCUGUGCCGGCGCUACUCUCAGAAGCUGAUUCAACACACCGUGUGCCAGUUACUCAGGACUUACCCAGCAGCCACCAGGAUCGACUCGGCCAACCCUAACCCUCUGCUCUUCUGGCUGCAUGGAAUCCAGCUGGUGGCGCUCAACUACCAAACUGAUGACCUGCCCAUGCACCUGAACACAGCUCUGUUUGAGAGCAACGGCGGCUGCGGCUAUGUGCUGAAGCCCGCUGUGCUCUGGGACCGGAGCUGUCCGCUUUACCAGCAGUUCUGUCCCAAUGAGAGAGAUCUGGAGAAGAUGAGCCCUGCCGUGUAUUCUCUCACUAUUGUUUCCGGCCAGAACGUCUGUCCCGGGAACAGCUCAGGCAGCCCCUGCAUUGAGGUAGAGGUUCUGGGAAUGUUGGCGGACAGCUGCCACUUCCGUACCAAACCCAUCCACCGCAACACCCUCAACCCCAUGUGGAGCGAGCGCUUCCAUUUCAGCGUGUAUUUUGAAGAGAUGUGUUUCCUGCGUCUGGCUGUGGUGGAGAACAACAGCUCCCAGGUCACUGCUCAGAGAACUCUGCUUCUGAAAGCCCUCAAACCAGGUUUCAGACACGUUCAGUUGAGGACGCAGCACAACGAGCCUCUUGAAGUCUCCAGCUUAUUUAUCUACAGCCACAGAACAGAAGAGGGUCCCACAGGGGGUGCCACUCCCUCCUCUUCGCUGUUCAGCUCGGAGGAGAAACACACUUCGCAGCUGCACAGAGUGACGGUACACUCAGCUCCUGGUCCAGAACCCUUCACUGUUUACUCUGUAACAGAGCAAACCACAGCCAGACAGCUGCUGGACAGGGUUGUAGCAUCAGCUGGAAACCCAUCAGGGUACAUCCUGUGUGAGGAGAAGGUCCCCCUACUGAAGGAACGCAGCGAGGUGAAGCGUUGUGCCCAGUGUCGAACAAUAGCUCCUGAAGAGGAGGUGGUGAGGCUCGUCUGCAGCUGGAGCACAGAGAAGGGAUACGUAGGCAGGCUCUGCCUGAAAACAAAAGACGAGAACCUAAAUGAGAGAAACACAUUCCUGGAGACAGAAGAGGAGGUGACUGUGGGAGGUAGAGAAGGGGGAGGAGGAGGAGAGGAGGAUGUGUUUUUAGUCCAGGUUCAUGAAGUUUCACCAGAACAGCCUCACACAGUGAUCAAAGCUCCCCGAUACAGCACUGCUCAGGACAUCAUACAGCAGACUUUGUCGAAGGCCAAGUAUUCCUACAGUAUCCCUCCCAAUCCCUGUGACUACGUGUUGGUGGAGGAGGUCAGCAGGGACGCUGGUUCCAAGAAGUCCUCCUCUCCCAAGCCCCAACAAAGGGUUCUCCCGGACCACGAGUGUGUCUACCAAGCUCAGAGCCGCUGGCGGGGCGUGGGAAAGUUCAUUCUUAGGCUCAAAGAGCAGGUGCGGGAGGACAAAAAGAAAGUCAUUUCGUUCGCCAGCGAGUUCAAAAAGCUGACGAGUCGAAGCCGCAGCAUGACGACUGGCGUUGGCGUGGACGGCCCUGCUCAGACUGAGAGCCUGAAGGUCUGGGUGAGUGACAGCACAGUGGGGGCCUCCUCCCCCUCCUCCUCCUUUAGGGAGCUGCUCCAGCCUGUCCACCUGCCUGCCUGCUCUCUGACCCUCCGAGCCUUGAAGCUUCACCUCCUCAGGAACUGGAAGCUCCACAAAUGAGACCCAGGAUGAGGGAUUUGCUUUGACUACUUGUAAGCUUUAGGAAGAGCCUCCUUCUCUGGAGGAGUCAGAUACUUUGAUGGAUGGACUCUUCUAGAAGUGCUGAAGGAGUCAGAUCCUUCUUGUGUUUGUUUGGAGCCUGAAGGAGCAGGGUGAGUCUGUGAAUCUGUGUACCUCCUCGUGGCCGAACAGGAGACUGGAAACUUCACCCGGCGACAGCGGGGGUGGUCUGGUUAGCCUCCAGCUCUACUCGUUUUCCCUCAUGGCUCCACGGGGAGUCCAGAGGAUCUGGGGCAGCUGUUUUUCUUUUUUUUUUAAUUGAAGUCAACAGGGACUUAAAAAACCAUGACAGUGUUUCUCCUGUUUGUGAUGAACAGGAUGAAAAAUAACCUUUCCCCGAAUAACGUUUAAAGGAUGAAGAAGUCAGAGUUUGUAGCUUAACUGACUUAAGAGAGAAGUAAUGAGCUCUCAUUUCCCUUUCUUUACUAGCUGCAGAAAGGCAUAACAGUGGAGAGGAUGAGAUUUUUCUCUUCUGCUUAUUAUGAAGGAGAUGGACAAGCAGGCUUGUUUUAUUACCGUUAUUAAAAUGACUUUUGUUUUCUCUGUAAGUACUGUACUGUAAGGGCAGCAUUAGAGGCUAAAUGAAAACGUUCCACUUUAGUCUUUCUCUGAUCAUUUCUUCAACACUACAAACAUAAGGGUGACCCCAUGUGGCAGCAUUUGAAACCCUAACUGUAUAACUGGUUCUGAUUCACAACGCGUCUCAGCAUACAACGGCUGUAACACUAGAGCUUUAGAACCAGUAGGAUGAGUAAAAGCUUUUAGUAACGCGUGUGAACGAGCUGGAAUGAAACACAUUUGCCAUCAUUUCUUUCUUAAACGCAGCACUGAUGAGUCAGCUCUUACAUCUUAGUCUCCAAACGACAUUUUUGCACAAUUUGUGUUGCUGUGUUUCUGUUUUGAUGUGAUUGGGUCACUCAGUGAGACAAAAAGAAUUAAAUCGAGAGAGGACAGUUUUGGGGAUGUUAGUCAAAAUUUUAAUGAGAAUAAUAAGUGAAGCUAGAGGAGCUCCAGCCACUGGAUCAAGGACCAACACACAUCCAUGAGGUAUCAGGCCCCAAGGAAUUAAACAUAUCUUUUACAAAGGCAUAUUGUGAGAUAGUUAUUUACAUUACAUUUUAACGAAUGUGAUAAAUUGCAAAAAACUUUGUGUAUAAUUGUAUGUGAUGUGCUUUGUUAAACACCUGACUCCUCCCAUUUUUGAAUCUGUUAAUCUCAAAGCAACAAAUUUAUUCUCAUUUGUGAUGUUUAGAAAUUUCAAACGAAAAAGUAUAAUCCUCUGAACUGGCCCUAAUGUGUUCUUAAUUAUAUGAUUAUUAUUUAAUAUUAUCAUUUUUGACCCAAUCACAAAUUUUGUACACAUAUUUUUAUGUGAGCCCAAAUUAAAACUGUUUUAUUUAAUUAAAACAUUUUAUUGGGGGCAUAAUGAUGAUAAAAGAUGUUCUUUCUUUAAACCAUUUUUAUAUCUUUAGUUUAACAUUUCAGUUGGAUGUUGACUCCUUUCUUGAGCUGCUCUGUUGUUUUUGUUUAAAGACUAAAGAAAAUAUUUAAAAGGUUGUAAUGGAAACUUACUUUAAUUUAUUUAUACUUUUUAUCAUCCAAUUUUUAUGGAUCAAGAUUUGGAAACAUUCCAACCUGUAUAGUUCGACUGAAGUCCUACAUUGAACAAAACUCACAUUUGAUAAAAUGUGCUCAGAAAAGUACUUUUACUUUCUUUCGUCCGUCUUCAGUCACUUCUACUUGGUUCCAAGUAAUAAGUUAGAGAUUUAGUGCAAUAUUGAAGUUCUGUCACUUCAACCUGUGUUUUUUUAUUUUUUCUAGACUGCAGAUUACCGACUUGUUCUUUUUCAACUCCUGGCCUUAAAUAGUUGUUUUAAUUUGUCAGAAUCGAUUCUGUUGGUGUGCACAGAUUAUCGUCUGCCACAGUGGUAAGGCAGCAGGGUGGUCCGGUCCGGUCCGGUCCGGUCCCAGAGGCUUAUGGUAAUUAAAGUAGCUGAGACACUGAUCCCAGAAACCAUAACUUCACAUCAGCGAUAAUGAAGCUGUAAUCCUCUUAUCCUGCCAGGCCGCUGUUAUUAUUAUGGAUUAGAAUUUGAACACGGAGAAAUGCCGUCAUGUCAAGCUAAAGAUAACGCUCUGUCAAACGGCCAUUACCUGCAGCUCCUGGCUGGAUACACCAGAGCUAAUCCACUCCGCUCCUGCCCACCUGACCUUUAAACCUCUUUUCUGAAUGUAAUGUUUUACGACCUGAGACAAACUUCUUCUGAUGUUAUUUAUUUAAAAAUGUGACGCCCUGGUUGGCAGUUUGUGUUUUCUUUCAAAGUUUCUGUAUGUACCGUAGUUUUUAUUUGUUUUUAUUUAUUUCAGUAUGAGAAGUGGUCAGAUCUGCUUCUGUAGCGUUACACAAACGUAUUUUAGAAAUAUAAAUGAAUUGGUGUUAAAUAUUUAGUAUAGUAUUCUCACGUGUUGCAUGUUAUCCUGCAGCAGCAUCUUUUAUUGUCAUUGGUAUUUAAGAAACACUAUAUGCAUGAUGUAUCCACUAAAUAUGACAUGCAGUCGUUUACCAUCAGUUACAUUUCCUCUUUAGCACUCUGCUCUGAUUAGAUCUGUUCAAACAUCUGCCAGAACAUCUGUUGACUUGAACUUUGAAAUGGAUGCUAAAUGGUGAAUGUGUCAUGUAGCAGGAUCUAAAUAAAGUGCACAUAUCUAAGGACAA